CCCCCCGUCCCCAGCGAGCUCCCCGGGGAAGACACCCGUGGAACCCGGUGAAGGGGACACCCCUACCGGCGAGUGGCCUCGGUUCUGCCCCGACAUGACCGUCGGGGCAGCCGAUACCGGAGUCGCCGGGCUCCAUACCUCCCCCCAUAAACUGGAGGGAGGGUGGUACGCUCUUGGUCAGCGGACGCCCGGCCAAAGGAACCGCCGGAGCCUAAAGCGGCACACAGACGGUUCCAGGCCGAACGCCCGCCUAAGCUCCCCCACCACGACAAGGUGGCGCACCAACGGGGGAGUGAUUUCCUACAUCUAGUUUAUGACUUCGCAACUCAAAAUAACAUCGAGAACCCAUUCAAAAAUGGUAAGGCAGGCGAAGAUUGGUUUGCUGGUUUUAAGCGGAGACACCCUGAUAUUGUGCUACGAUCACCUGAGCCCACUUCUAUUGCUAGAGCAAGAGGCUUUAAUAGACCACAGGUGGAGCUGUUUUAUUCACUUUUGUGGGAGCAGAUUCAGAAGUUUAAUUUUGAUGCGACAACUAUUUACAAUAUAGAUGAGACAGGCGUGAGAAACUCGACUUCAAAGCCACCAAAGAUUUUAAGUACAAAAGGAAAGAAGCAAGUUGGAGUUAUUAGUAGUGUUGAAAGAGGUCAACUCACAACUGUCAUAUGCUGUUGUAAUGCUGCUGGCACAUAUGUUCCGCCAUUUUUUAUUUUUGCGCGAAAGCGGAUGCAAGAACGGCUUUUAGAUGAUGCCCCUCCAGGUUCCCAAGCUACGGUGAGCGAUAAUGGUUGGAUAAAUGGAGAAGUUUUCUUGGUAUGGCUUCAAUAUUUUGUUGAAGUAGUUCGUCCAAAUGAAAACCGAAAAGUUUUAUUACUGCUUGACAAUCACGAAUCUCACAAAUAUUAUCCAGCCUUGGAAUUUGCAUCGAAAAAUCACAUUAUUUUCGUCUCAUUUGCUCCACAUACAACUAACAAAAUGCAGCCGCUAGAUGUUGCUGUUUAUGGACCUAUAAAAAAGUACUUUGAGCAAGAGGUAAACGUUUUUCAGAAAAACCACCCAGGGUGGAUUAUCAAUCAGUAUGACAUUGCUAAACUUUUUGGAAGAGCCUACAGCAAAGGUGCAUCAGUUCAAAAUGCAAUUCAAGGAUUUAAAAAACCAGGAAUUUGGCCCUAUAAUCCACAUGUUUUUAACGAUGAAGAUUAUGCUCCAUCAUCAAUGACAGACCGUCCAGUAAAAGAUGUUCCAGACAAUAUUACACCAGUACGCGACAAUAUCCUCCCGCCUUGCGAUAAUGCUACACCACAAUGCAACAUUAAAGAAAUGAAGUAUAAUCAAUAUGUUAAUUCUCUAUAUCGGUGCUUUUAAUUUUAUGAAAAAGAUCAGAAGUACCGACACAGAGCGAACAUACUAAUUAUAUUAUAUGAAAACUAAUAAAAAUACUUUAUACAUAGAAAAAAUGGCAAAUGUCGGCGUAGGAGAGGU